GAUCAUAACAACCGCGGCCAAUGUGAACGACUCUCCCUGCGGUCCGUGAACGCCGCGCGUUGCCGUGGCGACGGAGAAACGCUCUUAGCCGUUAAACGGAACCGGACCGACAGACGGAACCGACACCGAGACGCCGGUUAGCAGCUUACCUUCCGCGCGGUGCUGACCCGGCGCCGGGAUGGGGGAAAGCAGAACGGUUCCCAGCGGGGACGUUUACCGGCAGCUGUUCGACGCGCAGGCUCGGCUUUCCAGAUCUCUGCUGGCAGGACCCAGAGUCCUGAGGACAGCCUCUCUGUCCCUGGUGGACAGCAGGACACCCGACAGCAGCAGGGUCUGUUCCUCCACCAGCAGGGGGCAGCAGAGGGAUGAUGAAGAUGCUGAAGAGGACGGCUCUGCUGACGUCAUCAGGCUUCCUGACUCAGUGGUGGUCCAUCAUCCGGGUUCUGGGAUCAUUGAGAAACUGAGGAAGAGGAGAGGUCAGAGACACGAUGAAGCUGUACGGCAGCUGGAGUCUGAGAUGAUCCACCUGUCGCAGGUGUGUGAGGUGGAGGUGAGGACCAUCUGUGAGGAGGUGCUGUCCUCUCUGAGGGAGGUGGACCUUAGACUGGAGGUCCUGAAGGCCAGAAGUGGACAGCAGGAGCCCAUCAGUCUGCAGGCCUUUCAGGGUCUCUGGCAGGAGGUGGAAGAGGAGGGCAGGCAGAAGAAGAUCCGGAUCUCAGAACUGGACAAGAAGCUGAGCGACUGUGAAAAGCGCAGAAGCCUGCAGAUCAAAGCGGCUCUGAGGAAACACUGCCACCUGCUGGAGCAGAUCAGCUUCCUGUCUCCACCUGAUGUCCACAGACUGCUCCAUCAUCAGGCCAUGAUGCUGAAUCAGUCCCUGCUGGCCAACCGGCGCAGCAUCGCCCGCCUGGUUCUGCUCCUGCAGGAGGAGAACCUGCAGCAGGAGGCCCUCCUGCGUCUGCACUGGGAGGACCGCCUGGACAGAUGGAGGAGCAGCAGGGUGGAGGAGGUGGUGGAGCGGCUGAGGAGUCUCUGCAGCAGCCGGGAUGAGGAACCGGAACUGAUGUUGGAUCAGAACCUGAAACAAACCCAAGAAGACCUGAAAAAACAGCGCUGUGACGUCAUCUAUAAGAUCUGCUCUCUGGCCCCGCCCACCGGCUCCUUGGACCUGGUUUCUGAUUGGUUCGAGGAGCUGACAGCAGUCAAUCAGCAGAUCGAUGCUCUUCAUGCCGACCUCCUCCAGCAGCUGCGAGGUUUCUACGAACACACCUGGCAGCGUCACCUGACUGAGGUGGAGAGCUGUAAGGAGGCGCUCUCAGCCCUGCAGCUAACGGACCAGCAGGUGGAGGAGAUCGUCGCCUCUCAGCUCCUCCCUCUGAUUGGACAACGGCAGGGACAGGACGAAGAGCGAUUGGCUGCUUUAGAUGUGUGCAGCGACUCUCUGGGCUGCCACGCCCUCCAGGUCAGUGGGAGCGUGUUUGAGGUGAUGCGGGCCUCAGCGUUGCUGUGGGAGACGCACUGCUGCAGGUCAGAGAGGAGAGAAGAAGAACUGAAGAGACAGCUGGAGGUCCCCAGAAAGUCUCACCAGCAACACGUCCAGAAGAUGAUGCUGCAGGUGGAUGUCCUGAUGGGGGCGCUCCGCCAGGAGAGCAGCGAGGACGCUUUGAAGGCGUGUCUGGAUAAAACAGUGGGGCAGCUGCAGAAAAUGGAGGACAGCUGCCGGCAGAGCGUCCGUGCUCAGUGGGAGCUCCUGGAUCAGCUCCCUGCUCUCCUCAUGGAGGACCUCCUCUCCUACAGCAGCAGCAUCGCCUCCUUCUUCAGACUAAGCCCCGCCUACAGACCGAGCCCAGCAGACCAGCAGGACCUCCCAGCGUCGUCGAUCAGAACCUCCAGACUGGUCCUGGAAGCGCCUUCCAGGACAGAAACACUACAGCCAGAGCAAAACAGGCCAAUAAGCAGCCAGAGCAGAACAGCCCACACCCAGAAAUGGCUGACAGAGGGGGCGUCCUCUCUGCUGCGGCUCUGCGACAUCAGCAGCAGCGUCGCCUUCACGUCGACAGGGGGCGUGGCUUACACAGGCCCCGCCUUCAGCAGGUGCCCCGCCCCCGACCUGCCAGACUCCGUGCAGCCGGAGACUCACCUGAGCCUGUUUCCUGCAGAGCUGCUCAUGCACACCCUGAGCAGGACCCGGGUUCUGGUUCUGGACCACGUCGAGCAGAGCUUCAAACAGCUUCUGGGCUCGGCUGCUGCCAUGGUGACGGAGAGGAAGAAGGCGGUGAGACUGGAGCAGGAGCUGCAGCUGAAGCCAGAACACAUCCGGACCCACGUAUACGAGCCCCGGCUCGCUGAGCUGCAGCGCCACCAGCAGGUGGUGGACAACCACUGUCAGGACCUGUCGGACGUUGUGACCUCCUGCAGGAAAGAGUUUCAGGAUCUUCAGACCUCCGUCCAGAGGAAGAACCUGCAGCUGUUUGAUGUUCUGAGCUCCUGCAGGACGGAGCUGAUGGAGCUGCAGACCUCCAUCCAGAAGAACCAGGACGGCCUCCAGGUGGCGCUGAGCAGCAGCAGACGUCUGGAGACGUUUGGCUCCAGCCUGCAGGAGCGCCUGGACCAGCACGACAGAGACACCCGGAGCUGCCUGUCCAGCUUCAAACGGGCGGUGAGGAGCAGGCUGGAGGAGGCCAGGAGGAGAACAUCAGAGCUCCUGAAGUCCUUCAGGAUGUUCAGCGAAGGAGGAGACUUUGCUCCUCAGGAGGUGAAGAUGUUCCAGAGGAGACUGACGGAGGAGACCCAGCGGAUCAGCGCCACCGAGGAGUCCAUCUACUCUGAGCUGGAGUUGUUUGAGUCCAAGAGUUUGCAGCAGGUGAGGAAGGCGGCGGCUCCCCUGAAGGAGAAGCUCUCCUCUCUGCAGGCUGAGGUGAAAUUCACUGAUGAGGUCCAGAAAAUCCUCAGCAGAACACAGAUCCAGAUCAAGGCUGAGGCGGCCAGCAGCAACCAGCAGCAGUCUGAGCUCAGCAGCAGGCUGGAGGACCUGAGGAGGACCACGGAGAACCUGCAGGUGGCACCAGAUCAGAUUUGUUCGUUCUUUUCAUCGACUAACGAGGAACUGAAGACGCGCUGCCGCUACCUGGACUGUGAUCUGGGCUCUGUGGUGCAGGAGAUUCUCGCCCUGUCGGCUCCUCCUGGAUCCAGGACGCAGCUGAGGAGGACCGGCGUGGACCUCCAUGAGGAGCCAGCUGUUGGUGCCGUCAGGUUCUCUUCAGUCCUGGAUUCAAAAAACCAGAACCGAGGAAGAAAAGCUGCAGAUCCGAGCUCCACCCAACGUCAGCAGAGAAGUGCCGACUCCAUCAGCACAUCGAGUCUGCGGAGGAGCUCCAGGUCCAUCAGAGCAGAAAACAACACCGACAUCACGACCAAGAGGAAGUUCCAGAUUUUUGGACCCAAGCAGGAAGUGGAGCUGAGCUCACACUCCUUGGGCUCCUGCCUGACUUCCAUCCUGUGGAGAACCAACAACGUCCUCCUGCAGCUCGCCGAGAACUUCUACUGCAGCAAACAUCUCUGCAGCAUCAACCUGCUCCCAGAAUCGGCGGACCAAUGGGCUGUGAGCAUGCAGCAAAGGCUGCUGGGAUACCAGGAGCAGGGGAAGAGUUUCCUGAGCGCGAGCAAAGAUGAGCUGCUGAAGCAGGUGUCUGUGUUCAGGGAGCUGCUCGGCCGCUUACCUGAUGUUUCAGUCCAAAACCACGAGGGACGGCACAGGCUGCAGCUCACACAGGAAGUGGCCACGGUCCGCAGGAAGCUGGAGGAGGAGCUGGCGGCCAGCGAGGAGGAGAAGAGCGCCAACGUCCGCCAGCUGCGGGUGUCCCUCACAGAGGACGAGCUGCAGGCGCUGAACAGCAGGGAGGAGCUCCGGCAGCAGCGGGCGCACAGCGCCAUCCUCAGCGCACACCUGGAGCUGCAGGCGUGCGUCAGAGGGAGAGCGCAGGAGUUUGUGACGUCGCUGUCCUCCCUGACGGAGAAGCUGCUGCGUCUGCUGGACCAGCUGCUGACCGCUGCAGAAACUGAGCCGGCCGAACCGCCCAGAGCUGUUACCAUGAAGACAGGAGCUGAAACAGGAAGUAGGCUGAGCAGAGGAAGUAGGCUCAACAGAGGAAGCAGGACAUGGCCCGGCAUCACUUACCUGUUCCCGCCCACCGAUGACUCAGCAGACUCACCUGUCCUCAUGACGUCACCAUCAAUGACCACAGCCAGGAGCAGCCUGAGACACGAGGCGGUGAUCGAGCACAGGGACGCUGCGUUGAAGGGACUGGACCAGCUGAUCCGGUCCGAGGCGUCCCGUUCUGACUUGGACAAGCGGAACCAGCUGAGCGAACAGCAGAGCUGGAGCUCCCACUGGAGGCAACAGAUCGUCGCUCUGAGACGCAUACGGAGGACGGAGGACGUCACCCUGAGCGGCAGCAGCUGAUUGGCUGUUCGGCUCCUGCUGUUACACGUUUCAUCCAGCAGGUGGAGGACGACGCUGAGAACUCUGUUAGGCUCAGAGGAGCCGCUUGUUUGGUUGCUCUGACGUCCAUCUGCUGUAAUUAAACAUUUAAUGCUUCAGCUUCA